AUGCCCGGGGAGGCAGCUCGCGCGGAGCGGCUGCUGCCGGAGACGGCAGGCCCGGGGCCCCGCAAAGAUCUGUCCUGCGGUGCAGCUGAGGCCACCACCCCAAGAGGGGACCGGCGGGCGCCGUGUGCCCUGACCGCCGGGCGCGGCGCACCGGCCCUCGCCUUCCUGCCUGGCAAGCCAGGCGCCCGACCCCCACCCGAGGGAGCGAGCUGGGAUGCAGGGCCCGGCCGGGCACCCUCAGCCUGGGCGGCCCCCAUGGAGGGCAGCCCUAGCCUAGGGCCGCCUGAGGCCCAGCCCCCCGAGGGGCCUCUCCCAGCCACCCUGGAGCCACGGAUCGUAAUGGGGGAGGAGACAUGCCGGGCGCCCCGGGUGCCCCUGCCGCCCCGGGUGGCCCUGCCGGAGCUCAGGGACCAGGAGGGGGGGCCCGGCCACCCGAGCCCACCCUCCAUGUUGUGCCCUCAGGGCGACCUUCCUGUGCCUUCCCCUGCCCUGGACCCCGACUCCUUCUUCACGCCUCCCUCCACCCCCAGCGAGACCCCAGCCCUGCUCCCCGGCCCCAGGCUCUGCAAGGACGUUGGGGACGCGCAGGCUGAGCCAGAGGCCUCGGGGGACUCGCCACCCACCUCGCCCUCGGGCUCCUACAUCACCGCAGAUGGGGACAGCUGGGCCUCGUCCCCGUCCUGCUCCCUGAGCCUGCUGGCUCCAUCCGAAGGGCUGGACGGGGCCUCAGACUGGGGCUUCUCCCCACCAGGAUCCGAGGCUCACGAGUGGGAGCUGCCUCCGGCGGGGUCCCCGGGGCCGCUGUCCCCCGAGUCCAGCCUCUCCACCGACAGUGGCUCUUCCUACGACCAGGAAGCCCACUUCUUUGAGCCGGAUUUCCUGGCCAACGACCCGAUGAUCCCCGCCGCGCUCCUGCCUUUCCGCGGCAGCCUGAUCUUCCAGGUGGAGGCGGUGGAGGUGGCCCCGCUGCCGCCGGAGCAAGGGUGGGGGGCCCCGGCCCCCGGCAGGGACCCGGCCGGCGAGGAGGACGACGACAGCAGCUUCGCGUCCUCCCUGCAGUCCCCGUCGGACCUCUCCGUCACCGAGGGCGUGGACGAGGCCUUCGCCUUCCCGGACGAUGCCUCCGCUGCCUCCUCCGACCCCGACUCGGCCUCCCACCCGGGAGCAGAGAAUGGGAGGCUGCACAGCAGCGAGCCCCACGCACAGCCCGGCCCCCAGGCCUCUGAGGGUGUGGCGGGCCGGGUGGCCCCUGUGGGGCCCCCCAAGGGGGCGGCUCAGGCCCCAGGGAGACAGGCGCCACAUCCCUGGGGAGACGGAGCCGGCGCCGCCCUGGGCCCUGAGCCCGGGACUGAGCGCUGGACCGCUGAGGGGCAGGCCGGCCGCUCGCCCAGCCCAGGCGCUCCGCGGCGCCUGAAGGAAGACGCGGACCAGGAGGCCCCGCCCAGAGGGGAGGACGCCAUCCCCGCGGCCACACGUGCGCCCCUGCGGGAUGCCAGCGGCCCUCAGGCCCUGCCGUCGGACGCGGGCUGCGCCUCCGGGGCCGAGCCCACGGCCGCCUGGGCCAGGCAGGAGGGAGGCGAGGCCUGCAGGCUGACGCCAGCCCUUGAGGAGGAGGACGCGGGCCGCACUGGAGGCCCAGGGCCCCUGGCUUUGGACCAGGCCCAACAGGGCCAUCCAGAGCCAGCAGCUGACAUCGGGACGCAUUGGACCGCAAGUGGAGGUGUGGACACCCCCCAGACCACCUUGGAGAUUCCAGAUGCCCCGGAACUCGCCUCGGAGGCCCCGGAUACCCCGGAACUUGUCUUGGAGGCCCCAGAUACCCCACAAUUUGCAUCUAAGGCCCCAGAUGCCCCUGAAUUCACCUCGGAGGCCCAGGAUACCCUGGAACUUCCCUUGGAAGCCCAGGACACCCCGGAACUCGCCUCGGAGGCCCAGGACACCCCGGAACUCGCCUCAGAGGCCCAGGAUACCCCGGAACUCCCCUCGGAGGCCCAGGAUACCCCGGAACUCCCCUCGGAGGCCCAGGACACCCCGGAACUCGCCUCGGAGGCCCAGGAUACCCCGGAACUCCCCUCGGAGGCCCAGGACACCCCGGAACUCGCCUCGGAGGCUCCAGACACCCCUGAGCCUGCCUUGGCUGUCCAGGACCCCUCACAUCCUCCCAUGGAGACUCUGGACCAUCCAGACUCCCUCAGCCCCACCACGGAGGUUCUGGACACCUUCAAGCCCACCACAAAGACCCUAGAUCCCCCCAAUCCCACCUCAGAGUUCCCGGACACUCUUGAGCCUGCUGUGGAAACCCAAGACCCCCCACAGCACCCCAUGGAGGCCCUGGACCCCUUGGACCUUCACAAAGAGGACCCAGGUUGCCCCAAGGUCGCCUUGAGGAUCCCAGAACCUCCACAUCUCCCCACAGAGUCCCUGGACUCCCCCAAAGAAGACCCAGACCCCCCUGAGCCUACCUCUGUCAGGGAGGAAGUAGCUGAGCCCCGCUCGCACCCACAGGAGGCCCCAGGGGCCAAGAACCAGGGGGACGGCAACCUCGAGCCAGCACCCUGGGGCCCCAGGAAGGCUCCUGGGAGCAGCUGCCCCAAGGUUGGUCUGGUGCACCCCCAGUGCCCUGCAGAGAGUGGAGGGGGCACCCCAGGGCCCAGGCGUCAGCUGGCUGUGGCCUCAGAACCUCCAUCAAGGGCUGUGCCUGGGUUGGGCAGGGGCUGCCCCAAAGAACCGGAGGCCACGCCUCCACCGCCCUCCCCUGGGCCAGAGCCCGAGCCAGGCCUGGGCGGGGACGAGCAGGCCCGGGUGGCCCCUGAGACCCGGGGCCUCUGCCCCCCACAGACUCCUGACGGGCCCCCAGGCCCUGAGCCCUCCGCCCCCAGCGCCAUCCUGGGGGGGGCUCCACGCCCAGCAGCACCGCCCAGCCCCUGCCCCGGCCAGGGUCCCCGGGAAGGCUCAGCUGAGAGCCAGGAGCCCCCUGGCUCCCCAGACUUCCUGCCGCCCCAGGCAGGAGCCCUUCAGGCAGCAGCUGCCUUCUCUGGGACCAGGAAGCCCCCCAGGGUGGGGCCGCGGGUCAGCCUCCCGCCCCAUGCCCCCCUCCUCGGCCCGGAGGCCGCCCCCAAGGGGGGCGCUCAUGCCAAAGACCCGGCCCUGUGGAUCCCACCCACCUGCCAAGUGCCUCCCGGCGCUGGGCCCCAGAGCCCGGCCAGCCCUCCCAGGUCCCUGGCCACCGAGCAGCAGGACGAUCAGGACAGUUUGGAGGAAGAGUCGCCCCGGGCUCCGGGCCCCGGCCAGUGCUCGGACAGCCACGGCGAGUCGUCGGCCGAGCCAGAGGAGCAGGACCCCUCAGGACCCCAGGCCACACAGCGCUCGGCCCAGGCCCCAGCCAGCGGCAGUGAGGAGACCGUGGCCAAAGCCAAGCAGAGCCGCAGCGAGAAGAAAGCCCGGAAGGCCAUGUCCAAGCUGGGCUUGAGGCAGGUCCAGGGCGUCACCAGGAUCACCAUCCAGAAGUCCAAGAACAUCCUCUUUGUCAUCGCCAAGCCUGAUGUCUACAAGAGCCCAGCGUCUGACACCUACGUGGUCUUCGGGGAAGCCAAGAUCGAGGACCUGUCCCAGCAAGUGCACCGAGCCGCCGCUGAGAAGUUCAAGGUGCCCACGGAGCCCUCCGCCCUGAUCCCCGAGUCAGUGCCGGGGCCUCGGGUGAGGCCGGCGUGUGAGGAGGAGGGCGAGGAGGAGGAGGUGGACGAAGCCGGCCUGGAGCUGCGGGACAUCGAGCUGGUGAUGGCCCAGGCCAACGUGUCCAGGGCCAAGGCCGUGCGGGCCCUGAGGGACAACCAGAGCGACAUCGUCAACGCCAUCAUGGUGGGUGGCUGCCCCCCGGCCGUUGGCCCAGACCCCCGCUGCUGCCCUGCCAGGCCGCCCCCGAGCCAGACCCUCUCCCCCGGCUUCCCGCAGGAGCUGACGAUGUGA